CGAAUGAUUUUAGAAAGUCCGCCUAUUAUUGUGAGACGUAGAAUGGAACUUGCGGCUUUUCAUGGACUUGUGAGAAUAAAAAUAACCGGAUUUUUUUUAUACGACUGUUUUUAGAAACAAAAACGCUUUUAUAAAAUAAUUUGGAGGUAACCUAAAAGUAAAGUUGGAGAAAUGUUUAAAUUUAAUUUUUCCGAUCGAGACGUGUCGCUCGACUUACCGGCAUCCUUAGUUAAGCAGGGUAGCGUUGUUCCUUUGCCGAGUAAACGUAUAAACCCCGAAGAAAUAGACGAUUCAAUUCGAAGCAUCAUAUUUAGCGACUGCCAAGUGAACAUUUAUCGACAAGGCGAACAUGCGGUUCGUUAUUUCUCGUGUGAAGAUAUUUUGCGAGUUCUUCGAACGCACGGGGUCAGUUUACCAAGUUUAGAGGCCGACGACGAUCACUCCGACUUAAAAUCCGGUAUUUACGAAGGCGGACUUAAAAUUUGGGAAUGCACCUACGACUUAAUUAGUUAUAUGGUAGUCGAUGAUAUCGACAUGAAAAAUAAGUGUGUGCUGGAUUUGGGAUGCGGGGCUGGUUUGGUAGGGCUUUGGUGUUUGCUUCGAGGCGCCGCUUGUACUUUUCAGGACUAUAAUUCGGAUGUUGUGUGUAACCUAACUAUUCCCAAUGUGUUACUGAACGAUGGGGUAAUUUUAGAAAAGUGUGCCUUUUUUUCGGGCGAUUGGCAGUCUUUUACGGAACUAAGUGAACGUUUAAAUUUGACGAACAGUUUCGAUUACAUAAUGACUUCUGAAACAAUUUAUAACGUAGAGAACUACCCCAAACUACACUCAGUGUUUGAAAAGAUGCUUAAGCGGACUGGUCAAGUGUAUUUGGCUGCUAAAGUGCACUAUUUUGGAGUGGGGGGCGGGUUAUCUUUGUUCGAAGAUUAUGUGAGAACCAAAAACGUGUUUAAGACGUCACUUUCUUGGCAAUCGGUGCAGGGCGUUAACAGGAUGAUCCUCAACAUUUCAUUUAAAUAAAGGUUUUAUUGUU